CGCACCAUACAUGCUCUAAGUUUGAUGAAAUGAAGAGAAGUACUUGACUGGCCAGUACUUUACUAACCGUAAAUCCUAUUAUUCGACACUCAGUCCUCGCACUGCAAUGAGUUCUUCAGAGGUCAACAACAGCAACUGCCAGAGCUGAGUCAUGGUGAAUCCGACUAGCCAUUGCGCCGCUUGCGCCGCCUCAUUUUCAUCGGCAUCGGCAAGAACACGUUGAACAAGAAACGGGAAUGGUGGCGUGGAGGUCAGUGUUGCCUGUAGUCGUACUCGUUGCUUUCUUAGUGUUGGAGGAGUGGAUCUCUAUUCCUUCUUGCAAGAUCCUCCCCGGCAUUGAUUCCGACGAAUAUGUCGAGACGGGAGACGGUUCGCCCGAGGAUCUUAAGGUUAUGAUGGUCGCCAAUUUGCUCUUGCUUGGCUCUGAAGCUGGUUUCUUUGACCUCUACUUCAGAGACUAUUACAUGGCCAAAUUCUUCAGGAAAUCUUUCAGCACUUUGAAGCCUGAUAUGCUGGUAGUGUUAGGAGAUGUCUCUGCAAAAGGGUCAGAGUUGACAAGAAGUAAAUGGUUAGAUGUGCUCAAUCAGUUUCACAAGAUGUUAGGACCUUUUCUUGCCCUCCCUUUUCAUGUUAGUCUUGGUGACAUGGAUGUUGGGGAGUGCAGUAAUCUUGACAGAAAGUCAGUUAAUUGGAUUGCAAGAAAUUUUCCUGGAUUGGACUCAGCAGGAUGUGGUGCCUUUGAAAUCAGUAAUAUUAGCUUUGUCUCACUUAAUUCUGUGGCAUUGCUUUGCGGCAACAACAAAUUACGUUUUGGUGUUGAGAAGGUAAUAGAGAGGGAAAGUGUAGAUCUGCAAAUGGUAACCAGAGCCACAAUUAAAGUUGAGGAUAAAUCUGGCAGGUCUAGUGAGACUUCAAGUAACUUUGGAUGGAGGGGAAAUGGCUUGACAUCUAGCUCUGGUCCAGUCCUGUUACUUCAUUUUCCCUUGCACCGGAAAGAAAACAGCUAUUACAAGAAAGUUGUCAGUUUCAAGAGCAAAGUUGAUACUUCAGGGUAUGGUUCAAAUAUAUUAGAGAGCAGAGGGUUUGCUGGGACUGGCCUCUAUGGUUUAUUUCAAACCAUCCCACCAAAUGCUACUGAAUACAUUUUCCAAGCUCUAAAACCAAGGGUUGUUUUCAGUGCUCACACACAUGAGUUUGAUGAUUACACUCAUUCAGACGGGACACAUGAGAUAACAGUUCCGGCCAUGUCUUGGAAAGCAAGGAGUGAGCCAGGUUUUAUAGCUGCAACUUUCUUGAGCAAAAAUAGAGGAGUAAGUAUAACCUAUUGUUCUGUUGCCAGGGAAUCUCAUAUGCUAAUAGCCUAUGCUUCUGUUCUGGUUCUCUUACUCUUUUUAGCAAUUGUAGCAAAUACACCACGACUGAAAUGGUUAAGACAAUGAUAGCAGAAAGCCUCCAUAACAUGAAUUGCUUCUCUGAUUUUGCUUGUGACUAUGCUCUCUCUCUCUCUCUCUAAACAAUGGUACUUUUUAUUUUUCAAAGGCUAGAUCUAACUUUUCAUUUUCUUCAAGUAAGAGAAAAUCUCGAUCUGCUAGCUGGAAAACAAAUUAAAUUUGGUCUU